UGUUGUGUACUGUCAAUGAAAGUGCAUUAAUUCCUGUUGCUCAUUCUCUUCCCCUGUUGUUCUAGGAUAGAAGUGUGGUCCUUCUUUCGCAAAAUGACAUCAAAGGUUUCCCCACUUCGGAAAGAAGGAAAAAAUAAUCAAGAAAAACACACCAACAAACAGGAUAACGGGGGGGAUAUUCCACCAGCAUAUUCCCCUGAUAUUCAGAUAAAUAAUGGAGAAAAGGGCAUUGAUAUAUUUAUCAACUUUUUGAAUGCCAUGAAUACGGUCUAUGGCCCACUGGCAGAAAAAGGAAAAAUAGUAGAAACAAUUGUAGAAACCUUGGAGGAACACUAUAACCACCCUCUUGUUCUUUUUCUUCUGAUAAAUUGUAUGAAUGCAGUUGCUAACUUAAGCAAAAUCCAGCCACCCAUAACCCCAGACCUGGAAACACGGUUGUUGAAUAUUGUUUUAAGACGUCUCAUAGGAAAUGGACCUGAACGGCAACUAGAAAUCUGUGAUAAGACCCUAUAUAGACAAGCUUCCAUGGCUUUUGCAGCAAUGCUUAAGGGCUUGUUGGCUGAGGCACCAACAAUAGAGCAUCUCCAUAACAUCCUGGGGCAUUUCACAAAGUACAUAACAUCCAGCAAUCGUCUAGAAAAAGUCCAGGCUAUUAAGGCCACCAAUUAUCUAUUUAUGGAAGCUUAUCAUAACCUUGGUCUUCAUUAUGAUGCUUAUGAAAUGAGAGAAUAUUUGGGGAAAAUCUGGCACUGUCCGAAUAAAGAAAAACAAUGA